CAUUGGGACCGGCUGCCCAGGGAGGCUGGGCACUCUCCCUCGCUGGAGACAUCCCAGAACAUUGCUAUCCUGUGCAAUGUCCUCUGGGACGACCCUGCUGGAGCGGGGAGGUGGGACCGGAUAGACCGCUGUGCUUUUCCUUGGGAAUCAUGAACACCCGGCAGCAAAGCAAACUUACCUACUCCUGGUAUGGAAAACCCUUGAGUUCAGACAGAAAGCUGAGGACUUCCCAGUACAAGGGGAUCCUUAUUACAUCAGAAAGCAGCAAAACAAAAACCUGUAUACAGCUCGGUGACUUUAUUUUAGUAGAAGGGUUGAAUGCAGAUCAGCCUUACGUGGCACAGCUCAUGGAUUUAUAUGAAGAUGGUGCUCAGAACAAACGUGCAGUUGUGCAGUGGUUCUGUCGUUUGGAGGAGAUACCUCAGAACAAACGGAAGCUGCUGAAAAGAGAGAUUUCUGCCCAGGAGGUGUUUUAUGAUCAAGUUCUUGGCUAUGACACUGAUAUAGCUGCAGAGACCAUUAUUAAAAGCAUCAUGGUAUUACCGCUACAUCUGGGUGAGGAGCUGCCUAUCAUUACAUUAAACAAGGAACAAACUUUCUAUGUCAAACAGUCUUGGGAUGGGAAGUGCUUUAAGAUUUUGUCCCCGGACACAUUCUCUAAGCUGAAAGAAGCUAACAAGCAAAGAGGUGUCAUCACAAACUCUUCAAAAGCAUUUAUUCCUUCAGAUGUCCUUACACCUUUGAAAAAAGAGACAAAGAAUGUUGUUCAGAGUGCCACAAAACCAAAAAACGUUGACAUGGAAAUAGAAUCCAGACAUUCUACUUCUAAGUCCUCCCUUGCUAAGGAGAGGCAUUCUCAAAGGGUGGCUAAUAAUGACAUCAAAACCCCAACAGCAAGGAAGAAGCUGGAGUUAAACAGUCCCACAAGAUCCAAAGGCAGGCUGCUGGGAUGUGAAGUUUUGGGUCUUUUGGAUGAUGACUGUGAUGCCGUAGCACCAUUAGAAACAUCAGCCACUAAAAGAAAAGUGAAAUUCACAAGUGGAAUUUUGGGCUCACCACCAAAGAUCCCCUGCAGCAAUAAGUCCAAGUCAGCAUCUGAGACUGCAGGGGAGUGUCAAAGGUUCAGUGACGCGUUACGAUUGUCCCCCUACACUAAGGUCAGAGAUUUCAGUGAGAAAGACAAGAAUCUUCAUGAGAAAGAUGACAUUCUAUCGUAAGUGACAGCAUUUUUGUCAUUAU